AUGCUAUUGCGUCGCACUGGUGUGUUCACCGAGCAAGAGUUACGACUGAAAUUUUUACAAACCCGUAACGCAUGUUUAGAGAACCAGUUGCACCUGUGCUUGACUGCACCAAGAAUAUCGGAACCAGUUCGUUUGGGCCUGACUGAUACUUCCGAUUCUUUUAUCUCCCCUGUGACCACUGGGGGAUUUCGGAACUCGAAUCGGCCACAUUACGAUGCGUAUUGGAGAGCCACUCGCCGUGUCGAGGUGACACGUGUCCAACUAUUUGAUAUAAUAACACAAUAUCGUGCCGUGUUCUUUGAUGAAGAAUCUACCACAUGGAAAAAAGAUCUGGAGGCAGCAGAUGGAAAAUUAAAUUCAUUUCUAGUCAAUCCUCUGUGUUUGUCUGAUGAAACACAGGGCGAUGUCUCUCGCGGCGGAUACCAUCUUUUCAACGCUUGGCUCGUUCACCGCAUCAGCACAUUCCUAAACACUCUAACUUCCGAUAUCAAAGAAAUGUUAUAUCAGCCGCACCUUUCUGUUCAAGAAGUUGUGGACCGCUGGUCUGGCAGCAAUUUCAAGGCAUCCGGAACGGAUAGCUCACCGCAUCUGGAGCUAGAUACCAUUUUUACACAAAUGCAAUCUCUCCUCUCUCAGACCAUGUACUUUGGAAGGUCUCUUGGACGUUUCGGCUGCGAUUUCAGACCGCAUUUGAGUGAUUUGUUUCUCACAUGUAUUCUGGACUUUGUUGAGGUCUAUCUUCGAAAUGCGUCCGACGAGUUUACAAUCGCCAUAGACAACGUACCGUGGAAAGUUGAUGCCAGUCCAUCGGAUGCUGACACUACAUGUUUCGAUCCUAAGGCAACCACUCCAUCCGAAUUGACGUCCUCUCUUCCUUGCGUUCUGAUUUCCUACCCUCCACUUGCACUGCUCUACAACAGCUUCAUGGAUCUAUUCAACGGCCUGCGAUUCUGUUGCCCCGUUGCUCUACGGCACAGCCUCAUCACCUCAGUAUCCGACUGCCUGAGCACCUGUUGCACCAGAAUACUCACUGCAUAUCGUUCUUUGGUGGGUCAGAAGACAAUUGAGUGGCGCACUGAGGUGGUUGAUUUUGCGGCACACUUCGCUACUGAGAUGGUGCCCAAGGUCCUGACUCAUUUGAUCAUCCAACUGCUGUGUGCUGCUAGCGAUGCGUCUGGGGGGAUGAACAGCACCGAAAUUUCUCACCUUGUUGUGCAUCGUCUAAGCCGACAAAUUUGUGCGCCGAUACACGAAACCUGGCCACGCAUCUUAUCCGUGUCGAUGGAGCUUGAGCUUCCCUUGGAAACAGCUAACCUGUCCGAGCUGAAGAAAUCCGAAGCAGAUCCAAUACCUUCCAUGGCGUCAGCCGAUACUAUGGUUGAUACUGAGCCUUGCCUCAACGGUUGUACUGCUAAUGUUGGCUCCGUCACAGAUACGAUAACCUGACGGCUUUCCAACAUUCGUUUGGGCUGAACUCUGUGAUUUUUAUCAUGCUUUUUGACUUCUGUUUCUAUAGUCUGCGAAUAUACUUUCCAAAAGCUA